AAUAACUUUUACAUAAUAUUUACUCACAUUCACUUUACACAAAAUAAUAUAUCAAGAUCAAGUUAGAGAGAGAACGACUCUCUUCUCUCUAAAAAUCCCCAAAAAUCCCCAAAACUCCCCAAUGUCGAAAACGACUGCUUCCCCGUGUAAUCCAGACCCACCAGCACCGACACCUCCACCGGAUCCACUAGACCCAACCCCAGCCGCCAUGGAGGAGGACCCCUGAAAGAAAAUGUCCGAAGUAACUGAAGAACAUUCUGGUCUCAAUCUUGGAAAUGUCGAAGCCCCGUUAAACUUCGAAAACUUGGAAACAUCGACUGUUGACUAUGACGGAGAUCCUAUUCAACUCACCGAUGAAGACAAGCAAAAAAAAGAUCUGUUAUCUUGAAAUGUAUUGGAAGGAGGUUGAACACCAGUAUCUUCGUUCAAAAUUGACGGAUCUAUGGAAACUCCAAGAGAGUGUUAUUUUUAUCGAUCUUGGUGAGGACUAUUACACGGUAAAAUUAGCACUUGAAGAAAGCUAGAAAAAAAUUCUAUUGGAAAGCCCAUGGUUAGUGGCAGGCUCAUACAUCUUUAUAAGGGUGUGGGAGUUAAACUUUGUGCCUUGCCAGUCAAAAAUUGCUUCUACAGCAAUCUGGGUCAGGUUACUGUCCUUACCAACAGAGUUUUAUGACAAGAAUAUACUUGAAAAAAUUGGAUGUCUGCUGAAAAUAGAUGCAUGUACCUCCUCGUCACUACAGGUCGGUGCGCUCGUAUCUGCGUCCAGAUCCUAAUGGAGAAACCUGUUCGCACGAGUGUUAUGAUUGGGCAUCACGAGCAACCGAUCUGCUACGAAUGAGAAGGCAUUUUGUGCACUAACUGUGGUCGAUUGGGCCAUACAAUUAGAACAUGUCAAUACAUUCAACACGUUGGAGAAGACUACCAUCAAAAUGCAGGCAAAACAAAGUCCCCUCCUUCCCAGCAGGUAGCAACGGAAUGGCGAACCGUAUUCUUUGGUAAACAAAGUACUAAAGCAUCAAAAAAGGAGAAGACCUCAACAUCAGGUAUGACACAGCUCGACAAGUCUAAUGUCAAGACAAAAUCAUUCGACUACAAAUCAGGUAAGUUUCUUGAUAAAUCCCAUCGAAAUUCACAUCCUCCGACAGGGGCCAAUACGCCUAGUGCUUCGGGCAAGGAGAACAAUACCUCAAAUUUGGACCACCUUAAUUUGGACAGGCCUAAUUCGGCAUGAAAUGGAAAGAGGCCCAUCUCUGAACCAGGGCCCAAACUCUCAACAAGGAAAAACUAAUUGGGCCCAACAAAAGGGUGCAAAGCCUAAGAGAAUGAGUACCCAACCGGGUAAGGCCCAAACUAAUUUCUUAAAGGGUCAAUCUUCUUCUUAUAAAAAUAGUAAGUCCAAUAUGGGCUCCACUAAUAAAUUUGAAGCCCUUAAUCAUGUUGACACCUUGACCUCUCAGAGUGAUAUGAUCGUCUCUGGUCAAAUCAACCAGGCAAACUGCCUCUUCGUGCAGACUGACGCCUCUGAAAAUCCCUCCUGCUCCACUUCUCAUCAUCACCAACCUAUAGCUCUUGAAAAGGAGUAUGUGGCCACUAAGACUUUUCAUAAAUACUCACUUACUUCUUCUCCACCCUCUAAACCUAUCUUCUCACAAAAUGAACUCCACAGAACCCUCCUAGAUCAAUCGUUCCUCCAUAGCUCUAGUCUCAGCGCUACAACCUUUAGACUAUGCACCAACUUCUUGGUUAGAAAUGGGUCUACAGAAUAUGUCGAUCACCUUCCAAGGGAUAGUAGAUGGAAGACAGGUACAAGUGGUACUCCAAAAUCCAGAGUAUCUGGCACUGUUGGUCAUGGAAUCCUUGAACAAAAGCUUGGCAAACUAUGGCAACAAUCUCUGGAUGACCACCCUGCUGACAGCUGCCAACCAAAACCCAAUGGAGAGCUUAUCAACAGAGCCACAUUAAACCAAGUCUCACAGACUCUCCCUUUUUUCCCGCCACCAAAUCCUCUAUUGCUUCUAAAUAGACCCCCUUGCUUUCACUAGAGAAUUCUCCUCUCAAGUGGAAAGCCCUCAGGAAAAAGUUCCCUCUCCAGAGAUAUGGGAAAGAGAAAAAACCCUGGAAAUGCUAAAAGCAAACAAUCGAGAAAUGGAAGCUCUUCUAGCAACCAUGAAAGUCCCCAUAAUAGAAUCAACCACUCUAGACAAACAGAUAGGAUUAAGAUUCGCAGAAUUAGUAAACGAGAUAUGGAUAAUCCUGAUUCCAUGGAACUUAAACAAGUUCACAAUGAACAUCAAGUUCCCAAGCGUCCUGACAAGGGGGAACUUUCUUAUCUCUCUAAACCCUCUGAAGACCAUGAUCAAUAUCAAUUCACCACAGUCACCCCUGGACCCUCAGGACAAGGGGAAAUCAGUGACUGCGAAUCACUCUCCACCUCACAACAAAUUGAUGAUGAACCUAAUAAUAUGGAAUACUAGAGGCGCAAACAAUGUUGAAUUCUGGAGCCACUACAAUGAUAUAUUAUGCCUCCAUAAACCUGUCGUGCUAGCUCUUCUUGAAACUAGAAUGAGUGAUCACCACCAACUAACUCAAGACCUCAGUUAUGACUGUCUGAUCCAAUCUGCUGCUAUUAGAAUGUCCGGUGGUCAAGUCCUUAUGUAGAAAGAGGAUAUGUUCAAUAUCACUGACAUAUCUAUCACUCCUCAGAGCAUUCAUGUUGCUGUCAAGGUAACUUCUCCACCCUCUUCUUGGUUCCUUAGUAUUGUGUAUGCCAGUCCUCAUGUUAAUACUAGGAAAUCUCUUUGGGAUCAACUCUCCUUAAUGGUUAACACCAUUGCUAGUAAUUUUGACACUAGCUGGCUGGUAGGAGGUGACUUUAACGAAAUUCUUAUAGCUCAUGACAAACAUAGUGGUAAUCUCAUAAUGCCUAGUAGAGUCAACUUGUUCUGGAAUUGUGUCAAUCAUUGUAAAUUAGUUGAUUUAGGUUUCAAGGGUAGCAAAUACACUUGGACAAAUAAAAGAUACCGCCAUUGAAAUAAUCUUAUUCUUGAAAUACUCGACAGAUGCCUAGCUAAUGUGCAAUGGCUUCAUCUCUUCCCAGAGUCUUCCGUCACUCAUCUCCCUAGAACCUAUUCUGACUACUGCCCUAUCCUCAUCCAGCUGAAUAGAGACCUCCCACCGAAGGAUAAACCUUUCAGAAUGGAACCCAUGUGGUCCUCUCACUCAAACUUCCCUGACUUGAUAAAUCAAGCCUUCCAGAAUAGUGAGGAUCUUACAAGUUCUACUCACUCAUUUCAGUCCAUUAUUAUUCAUCCAUUCUAAGAAAAAAAUCUUUUAUCAAGACUAGCUGGGUUACAAAAGAUCCCUCACUAUCCCAUUAGUUUUUUCCUCCAUAAUCUUGAGGAUUCUUUGACUAAACAGUAUAAGGAAAUCCUCAUAUUAGAAUAUGAAUUCUGGAAAGUCAAAUCUAGGGUUAAUUGGCUCAUUGAAGGUGAUACUAAUACUAGAUUUUUCCACAGUUCUACUCUUAACAGGAGAAGGAAGAAUAAUAUCAAUGCCCUGAAGGAUGACCUGGGUAACUGGCAGUACUCUCAGGGGGAUACAGAGGACUCUAUCAUGUCUUUCUACACAUCUCUUUACACAACGGACCAUUCCAGCUCUACCAGGAACUAUCUCACUAACCCUUCUUCUAGUGGUUCUAUCCCUCCAGCUGCUUAUGCCUUGUUAGACAAUCUUCCUACCAUUUCUGAAAUAAGGAAAUCUGUCUUUAUCUUCAAACCAACAAAAACACCUAGACCAGAUGGUCUUCAUCCACUUUUCUUUCAGAAAUUCUGGGACUCUACCCAUACUCAGCUUAUCUCCUUUUGUAACAAGGUCUUCUCUCUGGGUACAAUGGAUAAAGAGGUUAACACUACUUAUCUUUGUCUUAUCCCGAAGUGUCAGAAUGUUGUUACUCUUAAGAAUUACAGACCUAUUGUCCUCUGUAACACUCAAUACAAGAUCAUAACAAAAAUCAUUGCCAAUAAGAUCAAGCCUUUCUUGAGUAAAAUCAUUUCUCCAACUCAAGCAAGUUUCCUGCCUAAUCGAAGAGCUUCUGACAAUGCUAUCAUCGUGCAGGAAUUUCUGAAUCACUUUUCCAAAAUGAAGGGAGCAAAAGGAAACAUGAUUCUCAAAAUCGAUCUUGAAAAAGCUUUUGAUAGGAUAGAAUCAUCUUUCAUCAGACAAGCUCUUUUUUUCUUUAAAUUCCCCCCCUUCUCUCCAAGCUUAUCAUGUCUUGUAUCUCCUCGUUUCUAUCUCUGUCCUUAUUAAUGGUUCUAAAAACCCCUUCUUUACUCCUUCUAGGGGAAUGCGGCAAGGCGAUCCCAUAUCUCUGUACAUCUUCAUCCUCUGCAUGAAACUUCUAUCCAGGAGGAUUGAAUAUGAGGUAGAUAUCCUUAACUGGACCUCUAUUUCUAUCAGUAUAUGAGGACCCAAGCUGUCCCAUCUCUUCUUUGCUGAUGACCUAACUCUUUUUACCAGAGCCAAUACUUCCAACUGUCAAACUGUCAAAAGGACCCUUGACAUCUUUAGCUUUUUCUCAGGUCAAAAGGUCAAUAGGACUAAGUCUAAGAUAAUCUUCUCCAAAAAUUGCUCUAGUGAUGUCACUAACAACAUUUCCACUCUUUUGGAUAUUCCUACCUGCAACAUCUUUGGGAAAUAUCUGGGGUUUCCUAUUUUCCAUAGAUCUCUCACUAAAGCGAACUUUCAGUUCAUCAUAGAUUGGAUGAAAACAAAGCUCUCAGGUUGGAAAACCAAAUUGCUUAACCAGGCUGGCAGAACCACUCUCAUCAAAGCUACUCUUAAUAGUAUUCCUAACCAUUCAAUCCAAUACAUUGCAAUCCCAGCUGGAGUUUAUAAGCACAUUGAUAAAAUCCAACGAAACUUCAUUUGGGGCACCUCCGAUAGUAAGCAGAAAAUGCAUAUGGUUAACUGGGAAAUGGUCACUAGACCGAGGCACCUUGGUGGCCUUGGUAUCCAACAAGCUAGUCAUAAGAAUGCUACUUCCCUAACAGCUUUAGCUUGGAGAUACACUUCUAACCCCCAGUCCCUUUGGGCCAGAGUCUUGACAAAUAAAUUCUCCAGACUUAUCAGAACCUCCAUAAACCAGUCCCAGGGUGCCUCUAGAACUUGGAGGAAUAUUAUCAGGGGUCUUGAUACCUGUUCAAAGGCGUCUGUGUGGAUCAUCCACAAGGGUGAUAGGGUAAAAUUUUGGACUGAUAGAUGGCUACCCAAUAGUGAACCCCUUAGCAGUAUUAUCAGGGACCUAUGCCUCAUAAUAUGUUGGACUUGAAAAUUUCUGACAUAUGGAAAAAUGGUUCUUGGGAUCUUUCCUCUUUACCCUUCCAGCUAUCGAUGUUUAUUACCCAUUCCAUUCAACACACCUUCUUUCCAGAUACCUUGGGCAUGAAUGAUUAUCCUAUUUGGACUCUCACUGGCAAAGGAAUUUUCACCACUAAAAGUGCCUACAAACUCAUCACUUCCACAACUCACCCUCCUCUUUGUCAUAAGGAUUACAAUUGGAUUUGGUCCUAAACUCAACUCUUAGUCGUAUAACUGUGCCUAUUGAACCUUAUUGUAAGUUCUACACAGACCAGAAUGAACACAUUCCCUAUAUCUUCUGGUACCGCUCAAAAGCCAUCUCACUCUGGAAUGUUUUCUUCCAAAGGAUCAACUGUAGUACUCCUUCCAUUACUAACCUUAACAGUGAUAACUUCAUGGAAAUUGUUAGGGACUAGGCUGGCAACAACAUGGCGGAUCAGUACAUCAGCCUACAACCUCUAAUCAUUUUUUGCUUGUGGGAAAUCUGGAGGUGCAGAAAUGAUAACCUGUUUAACAACUUAAAUACUUCUCCCUCCUUUAAGAAUGCUUAUGCUAAUACUGUUGAAUACUUUUACCUUAUUCCUUCACCCUCUUCCCUUUACCAGGAAGCCACUAUUCAUGUACGUUAGCUUCCCCCUACGAACACCCCUUACAAGCUCAACACUGACGGAGCGUGCCUUGGAAAUUCGGGUAUAGGAGGUUGUAUUAGAAAUAGCAAUGGUGAUUGGAUUAUUGGCUUCGUUAAGGGCUUUCCCAACGCAACCAACAACCAAAUGGAGUUUUUAGCACUUCUUGAAGGUCUCAAAUUAGCGGAGAACCAGAAUCUCUUCCCUAUUGAGAUAAACGUGGACUCAACUGAGGAAGAAUUUCAAAAAAGAAUAGAAGAUUGGCGUCAAACCCAACCUACUUCAGAGGAUGGCCAUGGUCCAACCAUCACCUGCAGAUAUGCUAAUAUGUGGACAGUUGUAGUAGGUGGUCCAAAAAAGGUAGAACCUACGGGACAGGGAUUCUCCAAUCCUCCAGUAGUCCUCCGUUGUUUCUCAGUUCCUCUUCUACUUUGCAAACUAUGGAAGAAAUGGAAGCGAUGAAAAAAUAAAUUGUGGAAUUGACGCAACAAUGUGCAGCUAACGAUGCUAAUUUGCUAAAUUUGAGGAGUUGGUUAAGAAGCACAUGCCUCAAGUAUUUCAUGAUGUGGAAGAUAGUGAAUCUGAUGAUAAUUAGAUUGUAGUUUUUGAUUGUGACAUUUAGAUGUUUAAUCUAUUUGAUUUGAUGUUUGUUUUGGAUGUUUUAAAGUGGUUGUAUUUAUAAAUUUUUGUUGUGUUUGAUCCUAUUGUGAAAAAUACUUUAGUUAUGUUGUUUAUAAUCUGAGAGCAGUGUAAGCUAA